GUAUAUAAGAUCGAAUGAGAUUGGUCGGUGAUUAGCUGUUUCUAUGUAUGGGACGUAUGGAAUGUAAAUAAGUUAUUUGUAUUCAUUUAUUAUCCAGUUCAUGGAAGUAAUUGAAAUGGAGAGCGGUGGUAACGUAGAUGAAGACUCAGUCAUUGACGCAAAUUGGAUAGUUGAGGAAGAGAAGUUUAAAUCCAAAAUCAUAUGCCACGACAUGUAUGAUUGGCAACAUAAGCGAUGCAUAUCCAGAGUGGGUGGUAUGGAUUUGUCGUUCAUCAAGGGAAAUGAGAAAGUUGCAUGUGCAGCGCUUGUCAUAUGUGAACUACCAGAUUUUGAGGUUGUGUAUGAAGAUAUAAAAAUGGUGUCAUUAACCAUACCAUAUAUACCAGGUUUCCUUGGUUAUCGAGAGGCACCAGCCCUGGUUGAAGCAUUCUCAAGACUGUGUGACACUAAUCCAAGUCUGGUACCGGAAUGUAUCCUGGUAGAUGGCAAUGGGGUUUUACAUCCCCGUGGUUAUGGUCUUGCUUCACAUGUUGGAGUGCUGUGUGAUGUGCCUGCAGUAGGUGUUGCAAAAAACCUGUACCAGAUGGAUGGAAUUUUGCGUGAUGACCAGAAGCAAAAGAUUUCUCAUUUACGUGAACCUGGUGAUCAUUUUGCACUGAAGACAAAUUCUGGAAACACUCUAGGACUGAAUUUCCAUAGGAGGAAGGUAUAUUAUACAUGUCAUUCUGUGGAGAUAUCCAGAUUCACCUUUACCCAGGAAGCCGCGUGUGGUAAAGUUGCACAAUAAGUGACAUGAAACUGGUUCAUUUGCCGAAAGGAAGCAGAAUCAGGCAAAACAUGUGCUGACUUCAAAACAGGACUAAAAAUGAGCCCAAAAUAGUACUUCAGCAAUUGUCUCAGGAACCUGGUGUUUCAAGCCUCCAUCCUCUGAGCUACGAAAAUCCUGAAGUUCUGUCCUUGCAGAAUAUUGUUGAUGCACCAUCUUGUGUGAUUUUUAUCUAUGGGGAAAUGUGAAACAGAAAGUUUACAGAGAUAACACUACACAUUGAAGUCUGGAACAUUAGAUGGUGCAGUCAUGACCGAUUUUUUCAUUGGUAAGAGACCAGAAGCUGGCCGGAGUCAUGUUGUGCAAACAGGAAGUAAUAAGGCUGCAAAUGGAGGAAUGAACUUCUCUGUAGUGUACACUCAAGUGCCAAAAGUCAUGAGAUAGCAGUAUGUAAAUUUAUUUUUAAUUGGCGCCACCAUCCCUUG